UGUGACUAUAACAACUGCAGUGAUUCGCUUAACAACUGUGUCAAGAAAGGUAAAGUGGGAAGUUCACUUGGAACUGUCUCGCUUAGCAACAGAAAUUUUGGGGCUCAAUUGUCGUAAACGGAGGACUACCUGUGUCAUGGAUGAAGCCUUAAUAGAUGGGGAACUGUUCAGUUCUGUUUGUGUGUUGUGUCUUAGCAUUUCAACCCUCCUGGUUGCAGAGGAAGUCCAGUAAAGGGAAGGAGAAGAAGCAGAAACGGCUGGAGGAACGGGCAGCCAUGGAUGCUGUCUGUGCCAAGGUUGAUGCAGCAAAUAAACUGGGAGACCCCUUGGAAGCUUUUCCUGUGUUCAAGAAAUACGACAGAAACGGGCUGAAUGUUUCCAUCGAGUGCAAACGCGUCUCCAGUUUGGAACCGGCGACUCUCGACUGGGCGUUUGAGCUGACCAAAACAAACAUGCAGACCUUGUAUGAGCAGAGCGAGUGGGGUUGGAAAGACCGGGAAAAACGGGACGAAAUGACCGACGACCGGGCUUGGUACUUAAUCGCUUUGGAAAACGGCUCCCUCCCUGUGGCAUUCUCACACUUCCGCUUUGACGUCGAAUAUGGAGAGGAGGUUCUCUAUUGUUAUGAAAUACAGCUGGAAAGCCGAGCAAGAAGGAGAGGCCUUGGCAAGUUUCUCAUCCAGAUCCUGCAGCUCGUGGCAAAUAGCACACAGAUGAAGAAGGUCAUGUUAACAGUCUUCAAACAUAACCACGGAGCCAAUCAGUUCUUCAGAGAAGCUUUACAAUUUGAAAUAGACGAUACCUCACCGAGCAUGUCUGGCUGCUGUGGGGAAGACUGCUCCUACGAAAUCCUCAGCCGGAGGACCAAAUUUGGCGAGAGCCAGCAGGCUCACCUGGGCACUCCGUGUGGGGGCUGCUGCCAUUGAGGUGCUCCUUCGCGCCCUCCGAAAUAACCCAUCGCCCGCCCUCCAACGUCAGACGCGUGCCUUCCUCGUGGCUUCUCUUGACUGUCCCCCCGGCCUCUCCACAUUCUUGCUGCAUCCUCAAGUCAAGGAAGACAGAACUCCUGGGUCACAUCCCGGAUCCCGGGAACCGAGAUCUUCCUCCCUAUAGGAGGCCCUUUCAGUCAAAGCCGAGCCGUACUUUUAGGCCCGGUCUUGCUUCCCUGCAGCCUGGAACUGAAGGUGGGAAUCUUGCGAGGGGUUUUUCUUUUCCCUUCUUUUUCUUUUUCCAUGGAAAAUUGAUGGGCUCCCUUUCAAAAGGCGUUGACAAGAAUGGCGAGCCCGUUGUCUGUGGAUGAAGGAUAGACUUUGGGGGUGGCAUAUCAAGGCGACUUUUGAGAUGGUUCUGUGUUCCUUCUGGGGCUGUUUCCCACUUUUUGUGUCUGAAUCAUUUGCAACACUGGGUUGAUAGUUUUGUCGGAGAACCCACAGCAGGUUUUUAAAAAGAAUGUACUUCCUCUAAACCCAUUACUGGGAAGAUCUUCUUUAGGUGAGUAUAUCAAAGCAACUCUGGGCUUUAUAGGAGGAGGAGGAGGAGGGAUCCACACAGAUUUUUAGAACAGGAUCCUAAGUAUAACAUGGUGCCUCUGGUUCUACUUCCCUCCUUGUGUGUUGGAGAGCACUAUUGCAUG